AUGUUGGUCAUGACCAUCGCCACAGAAUCAAGCCGUGUGCGCCGAGGGGUUUUGGAUGACGACGACGACAACGUGUCCUUUGAUGGCGACGAUGAUGCAGGGAUUCCCUUUGACUCAUCAUGCCUGACCACCUCAGAGGGCAUUUCUUUCAGCCUGCAGUGCAUCCCACCCCUCAUCAAGGCGCUCCAGCCCUUGAUCGAUGACCUGCAAGGCCAAGUGUCAUCUGACUGCCUGACGGAUCCAAUCGCAUGUACCUCCGACAACUUUGACGAGCUCGAGGACACCCUGAAGAAGUUCUCAGACGUUGCCAAGUCUGCUGUGACAACAUUGUGCAAGAAGACGAAUUCGGGCGCACCCUCCUGCUGGAGCCAGCUCCUCAACCUGAUUCCAACCUGUAUUAACUUUGAAGAUGUGGACGAGGUGCCCCAUCUCGACAUGUACGUCGACCAGUUUCUGGGCGCUGCCGAGUUGUUCUGCACCACCGACAAUGAUGGUGACUCGUGCGGUGUUAAACUUCUCGACUUUGCUCUUGUUGAGAACGAGCUCGUCUCCUUUGACGGCACGACCAGUUUCUGCAACACGGCGACGGGCGCUGCGGCCACGUGCGACGACGCGUGCCACGCGCUGCUGUCUGGCAUUGACGACAACCUCGGCUGCUGCUAUGCCGAGGUCGUGCGCGCCCUCGACCAGAUCAACGACAACCUGGUCGACCCAGACAUGCUGCUCGAACUGAGCGGGUACUGGUCUGUGUGCGGCAUCGAUGCGCCCACUCGCGACUGCAGCGGCAAGAAGGUGCCGGCUGUCACCCGCGGCUCAAGCGGACACAGCAGCAGUGGCAGUAGCGGCAACGGCAGUGGUGAUGAUGGCGGUGUCAUUGGCAAUAUGUCGCUCACCACGCUCCUCGGCAUCAUUGGCGGGUGUGUGGCCGGUCUGAUUGUCAUCAUCGCCUCCGUUGUCGUCGUCGUUCGACGCUCCCGCCGCCAGACAAGCACCACCAUGUACAUGCGCGUGCACACGCAGGUCGACUCUGACUGGGACGACCAGUGAUGCUGCCAGCACGCGACCGCGUGUCGUGUGUCGUGUGAUUCCUGAAUGCUCAUCUCAGCCAUGUGCAUUUUGCUUCAAGCGUGAGGGUGUGCAUUCGUGCGCCGCGAACAGCCACUGCAAAUACAUCAACUGCUUGCCCCAUGUUCUCGUUAUCGUGUGUCCUGUCUUUCUGGCGUUGCAUGAAUUAACUUGCGUUCUUCCUAAGCUGCCCCUACCUCCCAUCCAUUCUCCCUUUCAACACCAGUUAAUACAAAUCCCGCAACCACAAUACAAUGUCAACACGCG